UGAUAACGAAAAUCGGUGCACAAUUACGACGAGAGGAUCGCAAUAGCAAUUCGAGCUAGUUUUUCGGAGCAGUUAUCAUCAAGAUCUAUAAAGAUCUUCUAAUUUCCGACGAGUAAUACGAAAACUUCACAUUUUUCAACUCUCGAAAAUGCAUUUGAGAUACUAUCGCGGAGAGGAUGGCAAUCGGGUGUACACCCUGAAGAAAAUAGAUCCAAAUACUGGUAACCAAACAUUAAGCGCUCAUCCAGCUCGAUUUACACCAACUGAUCAACAUUCCAAAGAACGGAUUCGUAUUAAAGAAAGAUUUGGACUCUUGCCUACUCAAAAACCAGCACCAAUUUACUGAUAUCAUAAAUGUACACUAUAUAAGUAGGACAGGAUAUAAAAAAUGAAUUAAAACCCAGUUUGUAACUAUAUUUUAAUAAAUAAAAUAAACAAUUUUUUAUCAUAA